AUGGCAGCUUCCCCACCUCAAGUGCGUGGUCCAGAUGGCACCUUCCCCGCCACAAGUGCGUGGUCCAGAUGGCACCUUCCUCGCCACAAGUGCGUGGUCCAGAUGGCAGCUUCCUCGUCACAAUGCCCCUCUCAGUGCCCUCUUAACGCCCCUCUCAGUGCCCCUCUCAAUGCCCCUCUGAACGCCCUUCUCAGAACCCCUCAUAGUGCACCUCUCAGUGAACCGCACAGAGCACCUCUCAAUGCCCCCCUCAGUGCCCCUCUGAACGCCCCUCUCAGUGCCCCUCACUGA